CCCCAAUUUGUUGUCCACCCCGACCUAACUUGGGACUUUCCCCCCACUUAACAGGCAGCCACCGCAACCGUCGAGGAGACAAAUGCCGUCGAGCCAGCGAGUGUCGUCACCCCCGCCGCGAAGUAAAUUCAGAAAAUUGCUACGACGAGAAUCGUUUUGGGGAGGUGGUUGAUACGUGCGUGGCAUCUAUGGAUGGGCCCUUCAAACGUUUAGACUGCCAUGUUUUCUGUUGUCAUACACACAGAAACCCGCAGCAAUUAGCGAUGGAGUCCUGGCUGGCUAGGGGUUGAAACGGAUAGGAGAAGAUGAUAAUAUACACCCCAUUUUUGCUUGGAGAUGUAUUUGUCGAAACGAAUCGCAAACCCCGUUUCGCUACCCUUUGUAUUCUUUUUUUGAUCAUUCCUCUUUUAAUUCCCUGUGCAGGUCUGCUGGCCUCCCUGGAUCGUAGUAGGACCUGUCCCCACCGUCUGAGGGGGGGUCAACCAACAGCCUCUUUCC